GCGCAGGGCCCGGCCCCUCGGCGGUCGCGGGCGGGAGCCGGCGCGCCGCGGCCCCCAGGACACGCGCGGACCCGCCGCUGCUCCCUGCUGAUCAUGAACAAGAUGAAGAACUUUAAGCGCCGCUUCUCCCUAUCUGUGCCCCGCACGGAGACCAUCGAGGAGUCCUUGGCAGAGUUCACAGAGCAGUUCAACCAGCUCCACAACCGGCGCAAUGAGGACCUGCAGCUUGGUCCUCUUGGUGGAGACACCCAGCCAGAGUCCAGCACCUUCUCCCCCACAGACAGUGGGGAGGACCGCGGGCAGCCAUCCCCAGGCGUGCAGUACCGGCGGCAGAACCAACGCCGCUUCUCCAUGGAGGACAUCAGUAAGAGGCUCUCUCUGCCCAUGGACAUCCGCCUGCCCCAGGAAUUCCUACAGAAGCUGCAGCUGGAGAGCCCAGACCUGCCCAAACCGCUCACCCGAAUGUCCCGCCGCGCCUCCCUGUCAGAUAUCGGCUUUGGGAAACUGGAAACAUACGUGAAACUAGACAAACUGGGAGAGGGAACCUAUGCCACGGUCUUCAAGGGGCGCAGCAAACUGACAGAGAACCUCGUGGCCCUGAAGGAGAUCCGGCUGGAGCAUGAGGAGGGGGCGCCCUGCACCGCCAUCCGCGAGGUGUCUCUCCUGCGGAACCUGAAGCACGCCAACAUCGUGACGCUCCACGACCUGGUGCACACGGAGCGCUCGCUCACCCUGGUGUUUGAGUACCUGGACCGAGACCUGAAGCAGUAUCUGGACCACUGUGGGAACCUCAUGAGCAUGCACAACGUCAAGAUUUUCAUGUUCCAGCUGCUCCGGGGCCUCGCCUACUGCCACCGCCGCAAGAUCCUGCACCGGGACCUGAAGCCCCAGAACCUGCUCAUCAACGAGAGAGGGGAGCUGAAGCUGGCUGAUUUUGGACUGGCCCGGGCCAAGUCAGUGCCCACGAAGACCUACUCCAAUGAGGUGGUGACCCUGUGGUACAGGCCCCCCGACGUGCUGCUGGGGUCCACGGAGUACUCCACCCCCCUCGACAUGUGGGGUGUGGGCUGCAUCCACUAUGAGAUGGCCACAGGGAGGCCACUCUUCCCCGGCUCCACGGUCAAGGAGGAGCUACACCUCAUCUUCCGACUCCUCGGGACCCCCACGGAAGAGACGUGGCCCGGGGUCACGGCCCUGUCCGAGUUCCGAGCCUACAACUUCCCCCGGUACCUCCCGCAGCCGCUCCUCAGCCAUGCUCCCAGGUUGGACCCUGACGGCAUCAAUCUCCUGAGCGGCCUCCUCCUGUAUGAAUCCAAGAGCCGCGUGUCAGCAGAGGCGGCACUGAGGCACCCCUACUUCCGGUCUCUGGGGGAGCGUGUGCACCAGCUUGAAGACACCGCCUCCCUCUUCUCCCUGAAGGAGAUCCAGCUCCAGAAGGACCCCGGCUACCGGGGCCUGGCCUUCCAGCAGCCAGGGCGAGGGAAAAACCGGCGGCAGAGCAUCUUCUGAGUUGCACGCGCCCUGCUGUGGCCCAGGGGCGAGAGGUCACUCCAUGCACAGCUGCGGUGGGAUGGGGCCCACGCGGCCUCGGAGGACAGACAAAUGCGGGCUAGUGGCCGGCCCAGGAGACCUCGGGCAGCCCUGCUGGCCGUGGCUGCUUCCUCUCUCUGCUUCCCACAUGCCUCCCCGGUGGCCUUGGCCCAAACACCAACCCCCUCCACCACCUGCCCUGGGGCCAGGCAUGAGCUGCUUCCCUGGGAAGAGGCCGUGGGCAGAGAGGACCUCAGGCACUUUCCCACCCUGAAGCCCUUGGGCACCCGCGGGGAGACCACACGGACCGGGGAGUCCAGAGGCUGAGCUGAGCGCUGUGCCCUGGACACGGGCACCACCGUGCCCCCCGACCUCCUGGAGGCCUGCCUGCCUGCCUGCCUGCCUCACCAGUUUGGUUGAGACCCUUUCAGGCCCCCUGGGAGCCCACACAUCUUCCCCCAGUUUCCCCUCCGAGGGCAGGAAGCGACAUGGCACCUUGUCUGGGACCUUGGAACCCUGGGUGCCAAUGUUUGUGCCAAAGCCCCUCCCACCUGAGGGGGCAGGUGUCUGCCAAGGGACAGAGCCACAACCCCUCUCCCAUCGCUCCGCUCCUCGCCAGGGGCCCUGUGUGCUGCUGGGGGCCCAGCCGAGUCCCGCGGGGCCCUGGCCCCCAGCAGCGCUCCUGAAGCUCGGAGGAGCCCGUCCCCCACCCCAGUCUGAGCGGGAUUGCCUUAAACUGCAGGCGGGAGAGCACGCACUGCCCUGGGAGCUCUGCCUCCCGCUCCUACCUGUCUGCCCUCUCCCCAGAGCUCUUCCUGCUCAUCAUCCCCGGGUGCUGGUGGGUCCGCCCUGCACCAGCGUCCAGUGGGCAGCUCCCGGGUGUGCAGGCUUACCCUGAGCCUGGUGCCAGGCCGGCCCCAGCCCUGUGGUGUUGGCACAGCCUCCCUCCUCCUCCCCAGUGCCCGUGGCUCUGUCCUUGCUCUGGCCUGUCUGGAGCCUCCCCAUGCCCAGAGGAGACCGCGCCCACAGUCUGAGGUGCAGGAAGGUGGGAUGGGAUGGGGUCAGCUCUUACCCUGAGCCCCAGGGUACCGGGAGUGUGCAGGGCCGUGGCCCCCGAGAAGGCGCCUCUACCCACCUAUGGAGCACGCCUCUUGUAUUCCCAAAGUCUCAACACUGGGCUGGGUCUUAGAUGUCAAGGUCAAAGGGAGGCCAGGCCGCCUGCCCAACCCCCUUCCACCUGAGGAGCGGCCCUAGAGGGUCUUGGCUUCCCCAUAAGUGCCCCCCCCACCCCCCACCACUGUACUGUGAAUGUCCUGUGACUCAGCAUAAAGACAGAUAAUAUAUUUAAUUCAUGUUGUA